AUGCUACAAAUCGCCGGCCCCGUCACUCGAGUUCGCCUCAUUGGCUACGCAGGUAGGCACAGCGGUACGAUUCUGUGCUCCCGUGCCAACAACCUGAAAGAGACGCACGUGACAUUGGAUGUCUCCUUCUUCCCCGUUUCAUCCCAAUGCCCAAGCCAAGUUUCCUUGAACCAAAUCUGGUUUGCCGCCAUCUGCAUCCUCCAUCUCCGGCGUUGUGCUGUUGGCUGCCUCGUCUCUUCGCACCCCUCGCGUUUUCGUCCCAAUGCAACUGAAUCACCCCGGGACCAGCCAGUACGCAAGGGCUUGACUCAACCGUGUGCUGCUCACAACCUUGCACCACCGAACAAUGCGGGCGGAGGCGGGUGA